AUGUAUCCCACACUGGCAGGCUCAGUGCUUGCGGCAUUGACCCUCUGCUCUCUCAUACCAAGCACAGAAGCACAGACCUAUUCGUCAUGUAACCCGCUACUGCAGAGUGGAUGUCCUGCAGACCCUGCUCUGGGCAGGAGCGUCGACGUUGAUUUUACGGCAGGCUCCUCAAGCGAGUUCACCGCGUCAGGAGCUGUCAGCUAUACUUCCGACGGUGCAGCCUUCACCAUCUCCCAGCAUGGCGAUGCCCCCACCCUCUCCUCGAAUUGGUACAUAAUGUUCGGCCAUGUCGAUUAUGUGGUGAAAGCUGCGCCAGGAACAGGAAUAGUCAGCGCCGCUAUUUUGCAGUCUGAUUGCCUUGACGAGAUCGACUGGGAAUGGUUAGGCGGGGAUAAUACGCAGGCCCAGAGCAAUUACUUUGGAAAGGGCAUCACAACAACUGGUUACAAUAGAGGAGCCUACCAUGGGGCACCCAACAACCAUGACGAGUUCCACACAUACAGCAUCGACUGGACUGCCAACCAGAUUGUUUGGUCAAUCGACGGGACUACGGUUCGAGCCAUGACUCAAGAACAGGCUGAAGCCGGCCAGUAUCCCCAAACUCCCAUGUACGUCAAACUGGGGGCCUGGGCUGGUGGUGAUCCGUCCAAUCCCGAAGGCACGAUUCAGUGGGCUGGAGGGGUCACUGAUUACGCGGACGGGCCCUUCACCAUGUAUGUGAAGUCCGUCCACGUCACAGAUUACUCGACCGGGUCCCAGUAUACCUACAGUGGGACCAGCGGCACAUGGCAAUCCAUUGUUUCCACUGGCGGCCAAAUCAACAGUGAAGGAGAUGGAACACCUGCGUCGUCUGGGACAGCACCCGCCGUUACCUCCUCCGUGCCCAACAGUGCUCCGCUCGCCUUUGGGAACAGCGGCGACACUUCUUCUGUGUAUGCAACGCGAACAGGCUGGCCGUGGUCUGGAACGGCCACAGCCACAGCAGUGUCGGUGGUAAGCUCUUCAAUUUCUGGGCUGACAAGUCAGUGA